UAAGGUCAAUACGACGACUGAGUUCUCAAACGACAGAAUCGUAAUGACAUUUUCAAAGUAUUUGCUCUCAAACCCGUCGGAUAUCGAGUUGGAGUCAGAGAUGCAAAACAAAUUGUGUUCACUGCUCUUCGACUGCGCCUCCAAUGAAAGGUUGGAGUUCUUGUCGCCUCUGAUACGGCUGACCAAAGUGACCAAACAGAGCAAUAGUCUCAGUCUCUGGCAAAUCAAGUUUGUCAACACUUGCACUCAACGGUGUCUUUCAUUGAGAUCUGAUUUUAUUGAUUCCAUUCGAUCUCUAAUUGAUAAACGGCUUAAAUAUUCAAUCGAUAAGAAUCUGCUCCUGAAUUACUUGAGAGGAACGCUAAGACUAACGCAAAUAACUCCGACACUAAUCGAGGCCAUUGUCUUCUAUGAUAUGCCGCCUUUCGGAUCGUUUGCUUCAAUAUCUGAUAAACUCUCGUUUUCGGAACUGGUUAUUGAGCUGAAGAGCAAGUAUUGUGUGCCCAUCCCUACCAUUCAUUUGCUCCAUCGGCUCUAUUUCUCUUCAAUUCUCAAACUAUAGAAAACAAAC